AUGGAGAAAGCUGUAUUCUACCAAGUUAGGGUUGUUGGGGAACAAGACACUCUCCUUAAUAACACAGGAACCCAUUAUUUCUACCAAACUUUCAUCCAAGGAUCUGUUGAUUUCAUAUGUGGCCAAGCAAAAUCACUCUUUCAUGAAUGUAUACUAUAUUCAGUAGCUGAGAAUUGGGGAGCAAUUGCAGCUCAUCAUAGAAAUUCAGCAAAAGAAGAUACAGGAUUUUCAUUUGUUAAUUGCAAAAUCAAAGGAAAUGGUAGAAUCUUGCUUGGAAGAGCUUGGGGAGAAUAUUCAACAACAAUUAAAAGUUUAAAACUAUUCAUAUUCUGGUUUUACAAGACUGCAGUGUUUGGAGAGUAUCAGUGUUAUGGAAAAGGAUCAAAUAGAACUGGAAGGGUAGAAUGGUCAAAAAAUUUCAACAGUGAAGAAGCUAUGCCUUUUCUUGGUAGAGACUAUAUAAAUGGAGAUCAAUGGCUUAGACUACAAUAG